UGUCUACACUCUACACAUUCGUUUUUUUGGAAACUGCAGAGAAGGCUGUUUUUGACGCUCUUGCUUGAAGUUUCAUUUUCACUUACAUGGAAAUCUUCAGAGAAACCACUGAGCGUGUUUGAAAGGAAGUCUUUUGGGCCCACAUUGACGACAGCCAUCAACAUCAUCAUGACGGUGCCUCAGCUUCAAAUGCUUUUACUACUUGCAUCUUUAACAGGCCGGUGUGUGGCAAGCCCCCGCCAGGAAAUUUAUGUCAAGGCAAGUGAGAUGGUGGUGCUGCAGUGUCAACGGGCGGGACAUCUUGACCAUAAACCAGUGAUAUGGACUAGUGAGAACAAGCCGCAGAUGAACCUGAGCAACAUGUCGCCCGCUGAGCAGAGACAGUUGGGUCUCCUGUGUUUUGACAGGAGCCUUUUCAUUCUCGCUGCUUCAGUAAACCAUCAGGGCAACUACUCGUGCUCACAAAGUACACAUGACAGGAAUGAAAAGGACCAGUUGUGGUUCAGGCUGACCGUGUACAACACAUUGACCAGAGAGCUGGAGAACAGAACUCGGUACCCGAUGAGAUGUUACACACAAGAGUCCUGCACAUUGAAAUGUCCCGAUGUCAACAUCCCGCAUUCAAAUUAUCCCAACUUUACCAGUCGUGACAUUACAUGGCACAAGGAGGGUGAGUCAGCACAGGUUAACGGCUACUUUCCAAGUGCGGAAGACACAGACCAUGGUGUCUACACCUGCACCAGGUCUUAUCUUUUUGAUGGUCAAAUGUAUAACAUGAGUUAUACGGUGGUGUUGGACGUCCAGCCUAAUCAGAGAAACUCGGACAAACAUGCUGUGAUCUCAUACCCACUGGCAAAUGAAAUUAUUUAUGUGGAUGUGGGUUCACCAGCUGUGAUUAAAUGCGAAGCUGUGCUUUACUCAGCCUGGAGUUCUUUGUUUUGGCUGAAGGGGAACGCAUUUGUGGAAAAGGAUGACUCUUUCCCAGUAUUCUCCAAUUUGACACAGGAACAUAUGACCGAAGGAGUAAAACACACAGUAAAUCUGGUGUUCAAAAAAGUAACAAAGGAUGAUCUAGCAAAUGAUUACACUUGUAAAAUGCAAUCCAUCUCUGACUACCCGAGCUUUGUCACUAUCACCUUGGCCAAAAAUGUUCGGCCUUUCCACAUGUCUGUGGUACUCUGCCCGGUGAUUAUUUUGGCAGUAAUGGCUACGACUGUCAUUGUCUAUGUCAAAUUCAAAAUUGAAAUCAUUCUCUUCCUACGAGACACUCUGGGCUGCCACAGGAGAACUGCAGAUGGGAAGACCUAUGAUGUGUUUCUGAUGUGUUACAAGAGCGACAAAGUCCCAGGACUGAAACAAUGUGAUGUAAAGUGGCUAGAAAAUGUUCUAGAAGACAAUUUGGGUUAUAAACUAUGCCUCUUUGAUCGGGAUGUACAUCCAGGAAAAGCUGUGCCUGACGCGUUGCUAGACUGCAUAGAACGAAGCCAAUCAGUGGUCCUGGUACCUUCUCCUGCGGCUCAGAGUCUGGAGACUGGCUUGUUGAGUGCCAUCCAUGCAGCCCUAGUGGAACGCAAGACAAGCUUAGUUGUCAUCAAAACUGAGUGUGCAGACGCUCCAAAAUGGGAUUCCAUACAAGAGGCCUUCCAGCUCCUUGAGAAGACGGGCAACUGUGUCACAUGGAAGGGCUUAAGUUCUCUGCCGCCUUCUUCCGCCUUCUGGAAGGAGCUCCGCUAUCACCUCCCGGCAGCAUGCACUGGAAACCAAGCUUUUCCCUUAGAAGCUCUUCCAUGUUAAAUUGUCCUCAAGAACCUCAAGUACACCUGCACACAAUCUGAUGAGAUCCUGAGAUCACGCUCAGUUUUCUUUGCAAUGUCUGGUGGUGUUUUCAUCGUACCGUGAAGUAACUGCAAAUUACAGUGGUUGCUUUCAUGCUACCUUGGGUAGUUCUCGGAAAGUAUGGUCUAGGUGUGGGACAUGAGAGCCAAAAAAUAAACCUGAUCAAAACUGUGUCAAAAUUAGAUGCUUUAAAUCAAACCUUCAUGCAGUGUGCUAUGAAUCAAUAAAGAUGGUUCCGUCA